GGGACCGCAUUCCGCGGCAUUUCGCGGCGAACCUCCGCGCGCGACGCAUGUGUCGCGCCGCUCGAAGUACCGCGCGCGUCGAUCGAUUUAUUGUUAAAACACGCUGUGCUAGUGACGUUACUCUUUAUUAUUUUAAGUGCAAUGUGCUAUGGAGCUUUUUUAUGUGUGAACGCCCCUGAGAGGGCUCUGUAAUCAGUGUUCUCUAAUUUUGGAAGUUAAACUCAGGGCCCGGCAUGCUGAAACACGUGGCCGUGUCGCCGCACCGCGCGCGCGCAGACUCCGUGAGCCUCGCGUCCUCUGCCUCUUGCUGCAGCCUCGGCAGCCUCGAGCAUCGGCACGACUCCGUCACGGAUCUGUCCCAUAGAACGACGACAAUCAAAGUAUACGCGCGUUGUCUCCGACCAGACAUUGAGUAUAAGACCCUGUCUGUGACGUGGGGCACUCGCGCGCAGGAGGUGGUCGGCACACUCCUGAGCAAGUUCCGCAUGAGGCACAGAGACCCGAGGCUGUUCUACCUCAGCAUGGAGGUCAGAGUGAGGGCUGCGGGCCUCAGGACCACACUCGUGCUGGAUGACGAUGCCAGACCUGCGGCUCUGCAGGCGUGCCAUCCGAAGGGGUAUUCCAAGUUCUCACUACAGAUGCGUCCUGGCGGUCUGAUCAAGAUCUACGACUCGGCGCUGAUGUCUUCCUCGCAGUACAAGUGCUUGCUCACCAGCGAGAGGACCACGGCUGACGAGGUGCUGGCCAUCCUACUCCAUUGCUACGACUCCAACGAGGGUGUUGAGAGGUUCUCGCUCUAUGAGGUCAGUCCCUCGCAGGAGUACGAGCGAAAAUUACACCCUGACGACCUUCCCCUAAUGGUGCAGCGCGCCUGGCCUUCUGACAGCGACUGCCACUUCAGGGUGCGGAGGAACCCGAGGGCGCCGCCCCUCCCGCCCCGCACCCUGCCCGUCCCCGAGGAAACCCCCUCCGAAGACGAGGAACCUUCCAGAGCGUUGUCAGCUCUCUCCCUCGAAGCUGAAGGCGAGAAGAGAAGAUACAGCCCCGUCUACAAGUUCCCCAGCAUCAGCUACUGUAGGGAAACAAAGAAUGACUAUCUAUACAUCUGACUAGCCGUGUACUUAGCCCGGUUCAGACGAUUACGGUGCCGUGCCAAAGGCCGUAAGCACCUAGAUGGAACAGUGAGAAAGCGACUCUUGUGAAGUGUAAAUACGGUUCAGUUUUGUGUAAAGUGUAAAUAUGGAUUAUGGAUUGUUGAGGUAUUUGGUGUAAGCUUUGGGCCCUGACUGAUGGAGUGGAGGGAAUUGAAGGGUGAUUGAUAGCUGGGUAUUUUUAUUUUGUAUCACAAUAAAAAUACCACGUCUUCAUAAGCCGUAAGGAUUAAAAUAACGAAAUAGUACUCCGAAAGCCUGUCAGUCAGGGUUCUCAGUGAGUGUGAAACCAAAGAGUUGUUGCAAUAACGAUUGUAAAUUACCCUAACGAGGCAAUAAUAGGCCUAAUUGUAAGUCACUGAAGGACCCAGAAUAUUUUGAAGAUAUAUUUUUGUAGUAAGAAAGUCAAAAGGCUAUGAAAUUGAGAAGUCACAAGUGAGUUGAAGAUCAUUAUAGCUUUUGCUAUUUUAAUGUUUUGUGGCAACAUUAAUGAAUAGCCUAAUGUAAAUGCUAUGGUAAAUAAGUCAAAGCCGAUAAUGAUGCUUAAAGCCGUGAAGAAAACUGUUUCCCUUCCAAUGUAUUGUCACAAGUUUCAGUGGGUGCACGAAAACUAUUUGGGAUAACUGUAUGGAGUAUGAUUUUCUGUUAAUAUUUUGGAAGGUGUUGGAACAAUUUCUCUUGUAUUAACGUCCACAAUAUUGCAACUAUUAAAAUGUAAUUCUAUGAGAAUGUAUAUAAUUAUUGUAUUAUUUAGCUAGUAGACACCAAAGAGGCACGCGAGCGAUAAUAUUAUGAAGAAUUAGAUUUAUUUAACAACUGUUACACGAUUUAAUGUUUAAUUUAUUUGAUAUGGCAACAUUGGUGUGCGCCAUCUCGAUAUGUUGAGUCAUCGAAUUUACUUCAAACACGUCUGUAAUAAACUGCGAUAUGUUUUUGAA